AUGUGGGAGCCACAACCACUGUACGAAAAGUGCGCGGUUCUUAAAGCUGUCAAUUAUGAUUAUGACGAUGAUGACGACGACGAUGAUGAUGAUGACGAUGACGAUGAUGAUGAUGAUGAUGGUGAAUGUGUGAUCAUGAAUGUACCAGAUCUUCCAGAUGACGCUGACUAUGGGAGUCCGCGGUCAAAGCUCACCGGACUAGAAAUAGGAGUGGAGUUUGUGGUGAGAUCGCGACUCCGGGUCCACUGUCACUUCUGUCCAAAACUGGAUGGUGGUGAACGCACACUCCUCAAGCUAAACCGAAUGAUCUACCUUAAUACUUACUUUAGCUGA